CAAUAUAUAUUUUUAUUUCUCUGUUUUAUCUUCAUAUACUCGAACUUCCUGUUAUCUCUUUAUAUACACACCUAUACGUACACGCCGCUGUAUCUAUACAUUGGCGAUGGAGCGAGCCGUGCUUCUCCGGUCAAUCUCCGGCACGACUUCGCGAGUAUGUACACGUCUGUUCUCUAGUAAAGUUUGUAACUUUACGGCGAAACGACACCGUAGCGUCUUGAAUACUCGCCGGCGGUCACUUCUCCUGCAGCAUCUCCGCCUCAUUUCAACUUCGCCGAGUUCAGUUCAUCUGAAUAGACCCUUUUGCCCUCUCGCGCCUCGCGCUAUCGCGACUUCUGCUCCGCAAUUCUCGCCAGAUGUUUCUGAUGCUCCAGAAAAGCUUGGAUUCGAGAAAGUGUCGGAGGAGUUUAUUGAAGAGUGUAAAUCGAAGGCUGUUCUGUAUAAACAUAAAAAAACAGGUGCUGAAGUCAUGUCGGUGUCGAAUGAUGAUGAGAAUAAGGUGUUUGGUGUUGUUUUUCGAACUCCUCCAAAAGAUUCUACUGGAAUCCCUCACAUAUUGGAACAUAGCGUACUCUGUGGUUCAAGAAAGUAUCCUUUAAAAGAACCCUUUGUUGAACUAUUGAAGGGGAGCUUGAACACUUUUCUGAAUGCAUUUACAUAUCCCGAUAGGACCUGCUAUCCUGUUGCAUCCACAAAUGCAAAGGAUUUUUAUAAUUUGGUCGAUGUCUACCUGGAUGCUGUCUUCUUCCCCAAGUGUGUAGAGGACUUUCAGACUUUCCAACAAGAGGGCUGGCAUUAUGAGCUGAAUGAUCCUUCAGAGGACAUAACAUACAAAGGUGUUGUAUUUAAUGAAAUGAAAGGUGUUUAUUCUCAGCCAGAUAACAUACUAGGCCGAAGUUCUCAACAGGCUGUUUUUCCGGACAAUACGUACGGCGUUGACAGUGGUGGUGAUCCGCUAGUUAUUCCCAAACUCACAUUUGACGAAUUCAAGGAAUUUCACCGCAAAUUUUACCAUCCCAGUAAUGCCAGGAUAUGGUUUUAUGGAGAUGACGACCCAAUUGAACGCCUACGCAUUUUGAGUGAAUAUCUAGAUAUGUUUGAUGCAAGUUCUGCUGCCAGCGAAUCAAUAAUUAAACCCCAGAAACUAUUUACAAAGCCAGUAAGGAUAAUUGAGAAAUAUCCUGCUGCGGAAGGUGGUGAAUUAAAGAAGAAGCACAUGGUUUGCCUUAAUUGGUUGAUAUCUGAUAAACCGCUGGACCUGGAAACUGAACUAGCUCUUGGUUUCCUGGACCAUCUACUGUUGGGAACUCCUGCUUCUCCUUUAAGGAAAAUCCUUCUUGAGAGUAGUUUGGGAGAGGCCAUAGUUGGGGGAGGAGUUGAGGAUGAGCUACUUCAGCCCCAAUUUAGCAUCGGUUUGAAGGGUGUUUCUGAAGAGGACAUUCAAAAGGUGGAGGAUUUAGUCAUGGAUACUCUAAAAUCUUUGGCAGAGACAGGUUUUGAUACGGAAGCUGUGGAGGCAUCUAUGAAUACAAUAGAGUUCUCUUUAAGAGAAAACAACACUGGGUCAUUUCCGCGCGGCUUGGCACUAAUGCUUCGUUCCAUGGGGAAAUGGAUUUAUGAUAUGGAUCCAUUCGAACCACUUAAAUAUCAAAAACCUUUGAUGGCUCUAAAAGCCAGGAUCGCGGAGGAAGGCUCCAAAGCUGUUUUUGCCCCACUGAUAGAGAAAUUCAUCUUGAACAAUCCUCAUCGUGUUACCAUUGAGAUGCAGCCUGAUCCAGAGAAGGCUUCUCGUGAUGAAGCAGACGAGAAAGAAAUCUUGGACAAACUAAAGGCGAGUAUGACUGAAGCAGAUCUUGCUGAGUUGACUCGUGCUACUCAGGAGCUACGCUUAAAGCAGGAGACUCCUGACACUCCCGAGGCCUUGAAGAGUGUACCAAGCCUAUCUCUAGAAGACAUACCCAAAAAGCCUAUAGAAAUUCCGAUUGAGAUUGGGGAUAUUAAUGGGGUAAAGGUAUUGCGGCAUGACCUCUUUACUAAUGAUGUAUUGUACAGUGAAGUUGUGUUCGACAUGAGUUCACUGAAGCAAGAGCUUCUUCCUCUGGUGCCAUUGUUCUGUCAAUCACUGAUGGAGAUGGGUACAAAAGAUAUGGAUUUUGUACAACUCAAUCAAUUGAUUGGAAGAAAAACUGGAGGGAUAUCCGUCUAUCCCUUCACAUCAUCAGUGAGAGGCAAAGUGGAUCCAUGUAGUCAUAUCAUUGUUCGUGGCAAAGCGAUGUCCGGACGCACUGAAGAUAUGUUUAACCUGAUCAAUCGCAUUAUCCAAGAUGUUCAGUUUACAGACCAAAAGCGUUUCAAGCAAUUUGUUUCCCAAAGCAAAGCUCGAAUGGAGAACCGACUGAGAGGUGGUGGUCAUGGCAUUGCAUCUGCUAGGAUGGGGGCAAAGUUGAAUGUUGCUGGGUGGAUAAGCGAACAGAUGGGUGGUGUAAGUUACCUGGAAUUUCUACAGUCUCUUGAAGAGAAAAUUGAUAAUAACUGGGAUGAGAUCUCUUCGUCUUUGGAGGAGAUCCGCAAAUGCUUAUUUUCAAAGGAAGGGUGCCUCAUAAAUCUUACAGCUGAUGGAGAGAACCUGACAAAGUCAGAGAAGUAUGUUGCCGGGUUCCUUGAUUCGCUUCCAAAAUCAUCUCUAGCCACAUCAGAAAGCUGGAAUGCCCGACUUCCUCUAACUAGUGAAGCUAUUGUGAUUCCAACCCAGGUAAAUUAUGUUGGAAAAGCAGCGAACCUCUAUGAAACAGGAUACGAAUUCAAGGGGAGUGCAUAUGUCAUUUCUAAACAUAUAAGUAAUACAUGGUUAUGGGACCGUGUACGUGUUAGUGGUGGGGCUUAUGGUGGUUUCUGUAAUUUUGACACUCAUUCAGGAAUAUUUUCUUUCCUGUCUUAUCGGGAUCCAAAUUUGCUGAAGACACUUGAUGUAUAUGACGGUACUGGUGAUUUUCUGCGAGAGUUAGAAAUGGAUAAUGAUGCUCUAACUAAAGCAAUUAUUGGGACUAUUGGAGAUGUAGAUUCAUACCAAUUACCUGAUGCCAAAGGUUAUAGUAGUUUAACGCGGUACUUGCUGGGUAUUAAAGAAGAAGAAAGGCAAAAGAGACGGGAAGAAAUUUUAUCAACAAGAUUGAGCGACUUCAAGGAAUUUGCAGAAGUAAUUGAUGCAGUAAAAGAUAAAGGGGUUGUGGUCGCAGUUGCAUCUCCAGAUGAUGUUGAAAAUGCUAACAAGGAAAGACCCGACUUCUUUGAAAUCAAGAAAGCCUUGUAAUAGACACUUGUAAGCAAUUUGCAACAGGUAUUCGUGUACCUUUCCGGUCAAGAUGCUCAUGAUCAGCUGCAGAACUAUCUAGAAACAAAUUAACAUUAUAUUGUAGCAUCACUGAUUUUUUCACAGAAACUCCAUUGUUUAGAGCUAUAGACUGGCCCUCCCACCAUUUUGACAAAUAAUGUUGUAUAUCUUCUUUAUAUACACAUCUAAUAAGUUUUUAGGUUUAUUUUCCA